AAAACAAAAGAGAGCACCACCAUAUCAAACUUACGGAUCAAACUCUCGUUAAAGCUAAGCUUUACACAUCCUCACUUGAGUUCGGAUUCCCAAUUAGAUGACAUAAAUUAAGUUACGCACAUCACAAUGCUUAAUGUUUACUUCAUCAAGAUUCCACUUGACUUCUUUCUAUCAACAAUAACUGUAUUUGAUGACUGCCGGCGAUCGCCGUAGUUUUAGGGACAUCUUCUGCGAUGCCGCUGCCGGCGCCUCUGCAGGUGCCAUAGCAGCUACAGUUGUUUGCCCUCUGGAUGUCAUCAAAACAAGACUGCAAGUCCAUGGACUGCCUAAUGCAUCCCAUUCUAACCGUAAAGGCAGUGUGAUUACCACAAUCCUACAAAAUAUAAUAAGAUCUGAAGGUUUGAAGGGACUUUACCGUGGCCUAUCACCAACGCUGGCUGCAUUGCUACCAAAUUGGACAGUAUACUUUGCAGUUUAUGGGAGUCUCAAAAGCCUACUCCGUUUGCAUGGGGACGACAACGGACAACUUACAAUUGGUGCAAAUAUGGUUGCUGCUUCAGGAGCCGGUGCAGUGACAGCAAUCGCGACAAAUCCUUUAUGGGUUGUUAAAACCCGGCUCCAAACACAGGCCAUGCGACAAGGUAUUGUUCCUUACAAAAGCAUAUUUUCUGCCCUUAGACGGAUUGCUCAUGAGGAAGGAAUUCGUGGAUUUUACAGUGGCCUUUUGCCCUCACUGGUAGGUAUAAGUCACGUGGCCAUCCAGUUUCCUGCAUAUGAAAGAAUCAAGUCUUACUUAGCCAAAAGGGAUAACACUACAACCACUGAACUAAGCACUGAAAAAGUUGCAAUUGCCUCCUCACUUUCUAAAAUAAGUGCAUCUGUCAUGACAUAUCCACAUGAGGUGAUUCGUUCUAGGUUGCAAGAACAAGGGCAGGUCAGAAAUUCAAAACAACAAUAUAAGGGUGUUAUUGAUUGUGUUAAGCAUGUGCUGCAAAAAGAAGGUCUUCCUGGAUUCUACCGGGGGUGUGCUACUAAUCUAAUGAGAACUACUCCAUCUGCUAUCAUCACAUUCACCACAUAUGAGAUGAUAAAAAGAUUUUUGGAGCAAACUUUACCUUUCAGCGAGAAGCACCCGGAAGCGCACUUCUAAGCUGAUGGCAAGAUCAGAUCUCACUCACUUGGCAAAAGAUUAUAUCAGAUCUAGUAAUGGUACUGGGGAGCAGGGAGGGACCAGAGGACAUGAUGACUCCAUUACUCCAUUUGUGGGGAGGGGCCAUGGACUUGAUGAUGACUCCAAUUUUUGUGCAUCAGUGACUGUCAUCCAGUAACAAAACUGGCUCAGAGAAAAUAGUUUGAAGAAUAAUUUUAACUCAGACGUCAGACCCCCUUAUUUUUUGUUCCUUGCAAGGAAAAACAGUAAGGUGGAAUUUCUGAAUUUUGACUAUUGUGAAUAUAAAGAGGUGGUUUUUUCC